UGUCUUUCUGUCGCUCGUUCUCUCCAUCACAUGCACACCUGCUUCCUCUUUAUUUCUCUCUCACACUUUCUCUUCUCUCUCUGUCCGCUCAGUCUCUCUCUCCUCUUCUCUCUCAGUCUGCAUCCUGUAGCCCUGAAGUGCAGUCCUCUCUCUCUCUCCCUAUCGCUCUCUCUCCAUCUCUCUCUCUGCACCACUUGGAGGAGGAGUCACUGACACACACACUCUCUUUCUCACACACAACCUCUCUCACACACAGUCUGUGUGACCAGCCCAGCCAGCAGCCAGCAGGCCCAUUUCAGAGCAGGGAAGCCCAGGAGAGACCUAUCCCAGGAUGGAUGUACUGAUGAAGGGGUUCAGCAUGGCCAAGGAGGGGGUGGUGGCCGCUGCGGAGAAGACCAAGGCUGGGGUGGAGGGGGCAGCCGCUAAGACCAAGGAGGGUGUCAUGUAUGUAGGUUCAAAGACAAAGGAGGGAAUGGACGCAGGGGUAAACAUAGUUGCUAACCGCGACCAGGCGAACAUCGUCGGGGACCCCACUGCUGGAGCUGACCUCUUACAGGGAGGCAUGGAGAAUACCGGACAAGCGGAGGAGCCUCAGCCUGUAUACGAGGCAGAAUAUGGAGGAAUGGAGCAGGGAGGAGAAGGAGGAGAAGGCGGUUACUAGUCAUUCCAGGGACCUCUUCUCCCCAGCCCUCCGUUGGUCCCUCGCCCUGCUGUUCCAGACUUCCAAAUGUUCUAUUUAUUUUUUUGUGACUUUAUGGAACCAAACCAGAUACAGACUCUUCCAGAUAACUCUAUACACCUCCUGAUACCCCAUGAGACCCUCUUCUGCCCCCCCCACUGUGUUCUG